AGUGACGGGUCAGAGGUCAUAGGUCGAGGCGCGCGCUCAGUGACGGGUCAGAGGUCAGCCGGGGAGCUGGUUAGUGGCUCUGGCUCGAUAGUGGAAGGAGAGUGGACGCCAACAGCGAACUGACCAAUAGCCGUGAAAGUGGAAGCACUGUUUCUGCCCACCUGCGCAGCCGCCCCCGAUGUGUGGUGAUAUCGUCUCGCUGCCGAGGGAGUGCGUAAUCUUCCUGCGAUGAUCACCAGGCUGACAGCAGCGCUUACCUCGUGUCUCCACUUAUCCGCCGUCCUUGGACAGAUCGACAUCAGUGGAGUGGCGGUACAGACUGUGGUGGGCCUGGUCGACGGAGCCGUCACACUGCCCUGUGAAGCCAGCCGGCCUGACCCGGACGAUAAGCUGGAGCUGGUACUCUGGUAUCGACUGGGCUCCAAGCUGCCCUUUUACACGUACGACGCCAGAGGUCGGCCGGCCGGCCGAGGUCACCAUUUGACCGACGACCUUCUGUCUCCGCGCGCCCGGGCCCUCUACCAGCUCUCGCCUCCGGCGCUGGUGCUCAGCAGUCUGAGACAGCUGGACCGGGGCGUGUACGUGUGCCGAGCCGACUUCAUCCAGAGCCCGUCCAGGGUGGGCGUCACCAACCUGACCCUAAUCGUGCCACCCGACGAGCCAGUCAUAUACGACAGCGAAGGAAUGCGACUGCUGGACGUGACCUCACCGGUGCCAGAAGGGGAAUCGCUCACUCUCACAUGUGAAACGACGGGAGGUCGUCCCCCACCGAAGCUGCUCUGGUACUGGAGGGGUCACCUGCUGGACAACACGUUUGAGAACGGCCCGGCCGGAGCGGUACGCAACACUCUGACCCUCCACCACCUGGCGAGGACCGACCUGCGCUCAGAACUCAGCUGCGCGGCCUCCAACAGUAACCUGACCGAGCCGCGAACCACCACACUGCGUCUGCAGCUGCUGCUGCCACCUCUGGACGUGAGCCUGUCGCAGCUGCCCGACCACCUGAGGGCAAAGGUCACCUACAGGGUCACGUGCACGGCACGUGGGUCUCGGCCGGCGGCGAGAAUCCGGUGGCUUCGCGGCGCCUACAGUCCGAUUGUCAGCGGCAUUCGAGAACUGCCGUCAGCGGAUCCGAACAUCACCGUCAGUGAGCUGACGCUGACUGCUGAUGUCGGGGAGGACAGUUUGGAACUGACCUGUUUGGCCGAGAACGCUCAGCUGCCGCAGAGAGCGGCCAUCAGCGCCACACGCUCCCUGCCCGUCCACU